UGAGGGGAUUUGCUAGCGCUGACAGCAAUACCGUGUUGAUCAUUGUCACUGCACUGUUUCUUUACUCUAGACGUACGAUUUUGUUGCAACAUCGACUUUCGGUCUUCAUUUCCGUUUCACUAUGUCGGAUGAAUAUCAGCGAUACGUUACUCGCAACAUCGUGGAACUUGUUGAAAAGUUGCGUCCGUCGUUGCUAUUAGAACAUUCAGUCGCCAGUAAUCUUGUGACUAUGCAAGAAGCUCGCAAACUAAGACAAUGUUCUACAGAGCAAGACAGCGCGCGAAUGCUGCUCUACGAUAUCCUGCCAUACAAAGAAAACGCUGUUCAUAGAUUUUGCGAGGUACUCAAAGAAGCAGGUCAGUUGCAUAUCGCUAGAAACGUUAUGAAGAGAGGAGGCGUGGUUUGUGCAGUUGAGCCUGCAAGUAAUCUGCAGACAGGACAGCAACAGCAGACCGUUCAACAAGCAGAACCUAAUCAGCAGUGUGAUGGGCUCAAUGGACAGGAGAAGAGCACGACAUUAACUGUGCAGGAGCAGCAAGGUAUUAUGACUGAACCUACUGAAGACAACUGCAGCAGAGAAAGGGAGAAACUGUUGCAGGAAGAUGGGAGUAGUGGAUCAACAGUGGAAGCAGCUACAACUUCACAGGAAGAUCUCGAGGUAGAUUCUGAAUGGAAGGAGCUUUUGAAGCAUUGUCUUCCAGAUCUUCUAGCUGCUCUUCGUCCAAGUUUGUUUUUGGAUCAACUUCGAGGUUCUAAUUUACUUACUCAAGAGGAACAGACAGACCUGCAGAAAUUGUCAUUGUCUGAAACUGAUCGAUCAGACAGACUUGUAAGUACUAUUCUUCCUAAAAAAGGAAAGGGAUCAUUGGAAGUAUUUUGUAAGAUUCUUUGUAAUGUGGAGAAACAAAAUCAUAUUGUAAGUGAAAUUCUGAAAGUUCAAAAUCCAUCCUUACUUCCUAUCUGUGCCAACGUUUCACCUAGUGGGCAAACGAUUGGUCUGUCUGACAGCAGUGAGACACUCCAAAUGAAUAGACUUUAUGAAGAUUUUAGUGACUCGUCUCAUUCUAAACAAUUGCGUGCUAAUGAAAACAAUCGCAAUGCUCUGUUUAUUUUCAGAGUGAAAGAUAAGGAAAAUGAGGGGGACUGGAAGGAGCAAAGUAUUAGGGAACUGUGUCAAACAUGGUUUAAAAUAUCACCGAAAGACGUAGAUUUUGUGUACAGUCUUCCACAAGCUGGUCAAGUAGAUCUCAAAUUCUUUGGUGACACAGUCAACAAGAUAGCUGUAAUUCAUCUGGAUGGCGUAGCACCAGAUCUUGUUGAGAAGUACAAGAGUCGGUUAGUUUCAAUCAUUGCUCGUUUCAUGAAAGUAAAAGAAAAUCACAUUCAUUAUAUGGAGGCGACUACAGGCUCAUCUCUUGUUCUGUUUCAAAUGCGAAUGGAUGACUACUUUAGACUUUUCUCUGCACUGAUAGUGGAAGCACAAUGCAUUGCACUUUAUCAAACAUUGAAAUGGACAUUUCCAGAGUUGGUUGGGGUCAAGGUUAGACUUGGUGGUUUGCCAGCAGUGGAAUUGAGCAAUUCAGGAGUGAGCGUAGAGGGAGUGUUGAUGGGCAGAGGAAGUAAUUUGAGAACUCUGAGGAUGAACCAGACGACCAUGUUGUCACUGUCAGCAAUUUCUUUACAAUAUGAGUACAUGGACAUAGAGAAACAUGUAUGUCAUUUGUAUAAAAUUGUUGAUGGUGUAACAGAUGAUCUGUGGAACUGUGACUGUCAGAUCCUGACAUUACAGAAAUCAGUUCUACAUGCAAAGUACUCUAGCAGACAGAACACAAUAGUGUUGGACGAACUUGGGAAUGACCGAGUUGAUCAUGCAGUUAAGCUCAUGGUAAGAGACAAGAAUUCCGUUGCCGCAUGGUUCAGAAGAAUGAAAUUGAGAGAGCAUACCACUGCAAUAGAUGUAUAUAAAAAACUUGAUGUGAUUAAAGGGCUUGGAGAAGAAGUAGAGACAAAGUUAUCACAAAGACCACAAUUGGCAGAGUUAACUGCAUACAGUCACUCAUUGAUAGAAGGAUUACAAGCAAGAGUAGCUAAUCUCAAGCUUUCUAGGAAAUUGGCUAACGUGGGCUCAAUGAAACAACAGAGAGAAGCAAUGGGAGAGAAAUGGACAAAUUUGGCUCUUCCACUUGACAAAGCACAAUCUGUAGAAGGGAUUCAGAUCAAUGACAGUCUGCCAUCAUGGACACAGUGGAAUGUACACAUGCCUCAUGACAGGUGGUUUUAUCCAUAUAAUAGAAUGGGAGAGAUUGAAGGCAGACUAGUGGUAGGAGAUCAUGAUGGUAAUCUGCAUGUUCUCACCUAUGAACAUGAUAAGUGGGACAAGUUUGUCAGAAAGAAUGGUUACAUCAGGAAUGUAGUGUGUCAUCAAGGUGUGUGUCUGGUGUGUCUGGAGGAUGUAGAUAAAGAUCAGUUUGUGACUGAACAAUUUUAUUUGAAUGAAGACAAGAAAUGGCGUUUCCUUACAGUUCUACCAAACGAACUGCAGUUGUAUGGUGUAUCUGUUGCUCUCCAUGACAACUCACUGUAUGUGGUGGGUGGUAUGACUAAGUCAGGGGAGAGAGUGAACACAGCACGUGUGUGUGACCUUCACAGCGGUCAUUGGUAUAAGAUGGAUGACAUGCAAACAAAACGUAGUUCGUGUUCUUUUGUUAUUAUAGACAACACAGUGUUUGUAGGGGGAGGAGGGACUGAUGGACCUUACUCUAGUAAUAUUGUUGAGUGUGCAGAUGUUCGUGAUAGAAAAUGGAGAACAAUUCCUUCUACAACCACAUAUAGACCUACACUAACGUCAGUCAGUAACAGACUGGUGGGGACUGGAGGAAUGACACAACAGAGGUUUUAUUCUCCUUCUAAUAUUGUAGAAUUAUAUGAUGAGAGAUCUACCAAAUGGUUUCCUCUUCCACUCAUGACACACAAACGGUCCUUACAUGCUGCAUUCUCAACUCAGAAUGGAGAACUCAUCACAGCAGGAGGGUUGGAUUAUGAACGUUCAAUAGAAAGUCUUAAGUGUGACUAAUAUUUCCAUGUUCUUUCAAUUGAUGUGUUUGUUAUA